AUGAUAAAAGUGAAGGUCAAAGCAGAUAAUUACUCUGGGAGAAAUAGAUGGUGGUCGAGACGGCACAAGGGCGGAUUCAUUUGCAAAGAAGCCAGCAGACGAGUUCCGAGUCAAAAGGAAGAAGCCUUGAGCGUGGAUAAACUGUUGAGUAUGGAAGAGAGCGAGGAUCUCAAGAAAAAGUCUGCAAGUAUCGUGAGCGCCGCACUUCAAGAUGAAGAGAGAAAGUAG